CUCUCUCUCUCUCCUCUUUCCCUUUUCUUUCAGGGAGAGAGCUGAUAUCUCUGGCGGUUUGCCGCAUGGAAGUCGCCCAGGCAAGGCAAAAUAUCAUCUGUCUGAUCCGGACUCCUUCUCUCCAGUUGCCGACCACAGCACGACCCACAACAUCACACUCACAUUUGCUGGGAUUCAACGGGAUAUAACGGCAUUUAUCCGCUGACCGACUGACAGGAGAGUCUUUCGGCUUCAUUCCUGCAGUGGGGGGAAUAUUUCUUAGUCAGAUGUAACAACCCCCCCAAAAAAGAAUAAGCACGGACAAACCGGGGAUCGGAGGUGGGGGGGACUUCCACGGCAUGGAGUCCUGAUUUUACCAAGCGACCCACCGGGAGGAAUGAAACUGAGAAAAUCCGUCGCCGUGGUGGAAUAUUAAUAACCUUCUCCUGACCAAAAACAGGGGAUGUUGCAGCUGAGUUUGGGACUCUAGAGAGCAUUCCAACUUUCUUUUGCUCUCCGGUUUUCAAUCUCUCCCCCCUCUUCUUCGCCUGUGGGACUUCUAUUUUCGUGACUGAUUUGCAGUACUUCACUUCUCUAUCAUGGACCGGUCGACGUCUUUGGAUAUAGAAGCGCUCAAGAUGACCCAGGAGCAGUACAUCCUUGCGGCACAGCCCAACCCGCUUCACCAGCGGGGGGCAUCGGUCUGCGGCGCCCAGGUUUACCCAGCAGUGGGAAUCUAUGGCUGGAGGAAGAGAUGCUUGUACUUCUUCAUCCUCCUCCUCCUCGUCACCAUGAUCGUCAACUUGGCGCUCACCAUCUGGAUCCUCAAAGUCAUGAACUUCACUCCGGAUGGAAUGGGGAAUCUGCGGGUGACCAAGGAAGGUGUCAGGUUGGAGGGAGUGUCUGAAUUCUUAUUGCCUUUAUACGUCAAAGAGAUCCAGUCUCGUAGGGACAGUCCACUGAUCCUCCAGUCUGACAGAAAUGUGACCGUCAAUGCUAGAAAUGAUCAGGGGCAGCUGACUGGUCAGCUAACCGUGGGUUCAGAAAUGGUAGAGGCUCAGUGUCAGAGGUUUGAGGUGAGGAGUACUGAUGGAGAGAGAGUUCUCUUCUCUGCAGAUGAAGAGGAAAUCAGCAUUGGCACUGAGAAACUCAGAGUCACAGGGAAUGAAGGCGUGGUGUUCAGCCAUUCUGUAGAGACAUCACAUGUGAGGGCAGAACCCUUCCAGGAUCUAAAGCUGGAGUCUCCAACUCGGACCCUGACUCUGGAGGCUCCUAGAGGGGUGGAGGUCAACGCUGGAGUGGGAGACUUCACGGCAUCCUGUAGGAAAGACCUUCUCUUGCAGUCCUCAGAAGGAGAGAUCUUUUUAGACGCCAAUACCAUCAAGCUGGGCAACAUUCCCCUCGGCAGUGCGGUGGACCCCCUGGAGGGAGCACCAGCAGGUACCACCUACACCAAACAGACUGUGUAUGAGCUUUGUGCCUGCGCUAACGGCAAGCUCUACCUGUCCCCGGCUGAGAAAGGCUCUACCUGCCAAACCACCAGUAACUUUUGUCUGUGGAGCUGAAAGUGGGAGAUUGACAGACAACCGGGACAUAUGGACUAUUAGAGUUUGAAGCUAAUGCUAGCCAACAGACUGAAUCAAAGUGGAUCAUAACUUGGUGGGAAGUUAAUGCCAGCUAACAGGCCGAAUCAACGUGGAUUGUAGCAUGGCGAGACUUUCGUGUCUGUGAACCAAUGGAAUUAUAUGGAUUACAGCUUGGCAGAAAGCUAAUACUUGCUAACAGACCAAAUCAACGUGGACUGUGGCUGGGUGUGACGCUGAUGCCAGCUAAAGGACUGACUCAACAUGGACUAGAGCUUGGCGAGAAGCUAUUGCCAGCUCACCAACCAAAUUAUUAUGGAUUGGCCAGUAGCUAAUGCUAAUCAAUGACGGAUGACUUGGCAGGAAGCAAAAGCCAACAAGGUUAGCUGGUUGGUAUGAUCCUAUGAUCGCUCACGAACAUGGAAGAACAGUCUCACUUUGAGGCUCUCGUUGGCUGUCUUUGCCAUUGUUGAAUUGCUGCCAUCAUGGUUUUUGAAAGUCACAAGGAUUAUGUUUGGGGGUUUCCUGAGAACAGCAAACUCUCUUACAAUGUGAGUCGUGUGUUAUGACCAAAAUGUCCUGAAAACAUGCUCCUGCUUUUGUUAGGAUAAACAGAUACGUGAUGGACUGCAAACUCACGGGCAGGGCCACGGGAAGGACUCUAUGUUAAACUAUCAGUUGGCUGACAGACAUCAGUGUGGACCUUGGUUUAGCCCUGCGGGUAACUAACAAAUAAAUCAGACAGUGGUUUAGUCUAGUUGGAAGCUAAGGCUAGCUAACGGACCAAUCUAUACCAGAAAGGCCUUCCCCCUCCUCCCCCUCCAGUCUUUCAACCCAAACAUUGACAUGUGACCCUUGUGCAUAAAUCUGCACCUGAUAGUGAACAUAUUCUCUGACCACACUUUUCACGGGAAAACUAAUGCAAAUAAUCGUGCUUCAACCUUGCAUUCACCAACUUUCCUCCAAUAUAAUUUUGUAUUUUUCACAUCUACUUUUAUUUUCUUUGAGUUUUACUUGUUAUCUCUUGAUAUACUGAUCCUUUCCCCUUCAACAUCUCUGUAAUUCUUUAUCUUCUCAUUUUGCUGCUGUUCUUCUUUAUCUUUUCUCUAUGCUCCAGUUUUUGGUCUGUCUAUGCAUCUAUUUGCACUGAACUGGUAAAGAAAAUGUUAUUCUGCCUAUCCACUCUCUUCCACUGGUCUGGUUAAAAAAAAAAUACAGAAAAUAUUGUUUUAUCUGCUUUCUUCCACUGGACUGGUUUAAAAAACAUUUUUUUACUGACUAUCACAGCUGUACCAGAUGCAAUGUUUCUCCCCCUCACACUCUAAUCUCACAUCUUUUUGGUUUCCAUCUCUCGGGAGUCAUUCUAUCUGGGCUUUUUUGUCAGAGACAGAAAGCAAAUGGAAGAGAAAGAAGAGGAAAGUGAGUUAAGUCUUACAUUACAUUAAGGCUCAUGUGGGUGCUAUAGCAGACCAACCAUUUUAUGGUAUAGGGCCAAAACUCCAGUCAUGCAGAGGCAGCAGUCGGGCAACACCCAGACCAAUUUUGGUCUUGUUAUGGGUUAUUAUACAUCUUCAUCCCGUGUUCCUUGUCUAUCAGACUUUUCUUUUCAAUCUUUUUUUGUGACCUUUCUGUUCUUCUUGCCAAGCACUUGGUCUUCUCAGUCAUGUCUCUUUUCUGUCAUUGAGAGAUGUUUUUGCUCUCUCUCUCCUUUUUUUUCCUCCUUUACUGUAGUAUUUUUACCUCUCAUUACUCCUUGUUCAGCCUCCCCAGCCACUUGAAUUUCUAAAUGUUUCUUAUCUUGUCUUAUAACCACCAUUCAUCAAAUGGCAUACCUUCAUGUUGUUACCACAUUUUAUUUGUUAGUUCUUUACUCUUUUAUCCCCUUUGGCCAUCCCAAACUCAAAUAUCAGGAAAAAAUGUCAUUUUCCCUCACACUAUGCCCCGAUUCAAAAGUUGUACUUAAACAAGAAAGGUGAAGAAGGUCCAAACUAUUAUUUUGGGGGUUAUUUUUUAUAUAUUCAAUCAGUCUCAGAUGGAGGGGAUCAGUGUGAAUGGCCUCAAGCUGGCUAACCAAGCGCCCAACCUCUGCGAUGGCUGGAAAGCAUUGAAAUUCAGUAAAUGUGUGUGGCAGAAAUCCCCCUGGAGGAAAUGAUGGAUGGAUUUUGGUUGUAUGUGUAUGGACUCAACUGGAUUAAGGCCCUGAGGCGUACUUUCUUUUUUAAAACAAAGUGAUACACAGGUGCCUUUGCUGCUGUUGGUAAAAGCACAUCACAGUCUGAACGUUCACACUACCCUCAGUGGACCAUCUGCAAGUGUCUCUGGAAAAAUCUAUGUAUUUAUCAAUCUACCUAUCUAUCUAUUUAGUUUU